AUGAGCACUGAGCAAUACAUCACAGAACUCAUAGCAGCCAAAAUAAAACUAGCAGAAUGCGAAGACAAAUCUAUUUCCAAAUCCCGCCAACUAAAACUCCUUUCUGAAAAACUAAAUGAAAAUUCAAACCAAUUAGACAAAGCCCGAAAUGAAAACCAAUCCCUCCUAGAUUCAGUUGCCCAAUUAAUAGACGAGAAAAACAGCUUGCGAGUUCAAAUAGAAAAGCAAAGUGGCCUCACAAAGCAAUUUUCUGCUGAACAAACAGACACUGAAGAAGACGAAUAUAGAUCCCCAGACCAGUUUUUUGAAAUUCCAAACGAUGAAGAUACAGUCGAGGUCUGAAACAGGGUCAUAGAAAACUGGGAAGAGCUGGAAAAAAGCAAAAAGUUGAAACUUUUGAGCAGAAAAGGAAUUCCUGCAAAACUUCGCGGUGAAAUUUGGAGUAAAUGUAUAGGGAAUAGUCUGCAUAUUACCCCGCAGCUGUUUAAUAUACUUUUAGCAAGGGCAAGGGCGAGUAAACAAGCUGAUAAAGAAGAAAAUGGCUCUGUUUUGAUUCCUAUGGAUUUGAAAAGGACCCUAAGUGGGUUGCAGGUUUUUCAAAAAGAGCAGCCAUUGCAUCAAUCACUUCACGACUUAUUAGAAGGGUUUGCGGCUUAUAGGCCUGAUUUUGGAUAUGUACAAGGGAUGGCAUAUCUGGGAGCAAUUUUAAUUUUGCAUUUAGGGACUUAUCGGGCUUUUGAGUGUUUUGCAAACAUGCUUUUUAUACUAACUGAUAAUAAAAAUUAAAUACCAUAUAAAACUAGCCUAAUUCUCAUAUAUAAAUUUAGUCUAUAUUGUUUAUAAACCAUUUUUAUUUAUCUUAAAUCUAUAUAAAUCUGAACUCAUUCGAACUUUCUAUUCAUUUGAUUUAAACGGAAUGCAAAGCUACUAUAAAGUUUUCGAAUAUUACAUGGAAAGAAAAGUCCCAGGAGUGCUUUCAAGAUUUGAAGAAAUCGGGAUUUCGCCUGACGUAUACCUCCUUGAGUGAAUCUAUACAAUGUAUUCAAGAUGUUUUUCUUUAGAAAUCGUAAGGUAAGAGUUAGGAAGCCGAAUAUGAGACCGUUAUUUUUUUGAAGGCGAUGCUUAUAUUUUUAAAGUUGGGCUUGGAAUCCUUAUAGGUCUCGACAAGGAGCUACAAAACGGUGAUAUUGACAGCGUCGUAGGAAUAAUCAAUAAUAUUUCAAGCCACUUUGAUUCCCCUCAAAAAAUAUUUAGACAUGUAGACCAUCUCAAUAUCACUAUUUACAAAAUUAACAAGCUGAGGAUCAAGCUUAAGGCAAGAAAUUCUCCUUUGAAUUAA